AUGUAUCUUUCUCAUGAUUAUCAAAUGUUAUCACAAUUAAAAAACACUUUUGCUCAAUUUUCAGACAUUAAACCACCCCAUUCGGAUUAUUUUGUUUUCCUUCUAACCGCCUUUCUGGAUUCUUUAAAAUCUCGUGUGGUUUUUGUAAACAGUUCGCAUAGCAUUGAGGAAAGUACUUUUAUAUCAUCUCCUGCCAGUGCCUGGUUUUACCUGGCACAUAAAGCACAUAAAAGUGAUGCAUUAGAAUAUAAAACCAUUAAAACGACUUCGUGUUAUGAUGUUGUGAGCAUUAAACUAUGCAUACAAAAGAUCUUAAUGGCAACAUUAACAAAUUGUUUAUAA